AACAGUGAAUCCAUCCGUAAGGAAGUCAUAGUGUCAACACCAUUUACCCGAGCAUUGAGGCUACUAUGGUCGUCCACAUCUGGAGUUUGAACAUUAGCAACAAAGACAUUUCUGCGCUCAAUCAAAGUGCAAAUGUCAGUUCAGGAGACCCCCUAGAGCCCCACGACGACACCCCACCUGGCCUGAGCCGGACUGGCCACACGGUGACAGCCGUCUGCCUCGGAAUCAUUCUGACGUUUGGAUGCCUGAACAACCUCUUUGUCCUGCUCAUCUUUGCGAGGUUUCGCUCACUGCGGACACCUAUAAACCUCAUUCUGCUCAACAUAAGUCUGAGUGACAUACUGGUUUGUUUAUUUGGGACUCCCUUCAGUUUCGCUUCCAGUCUCUAUGGGAAAUGGCUGUUGGGACAAUCCGGAUGCAAAUGGUACGCUUUCGCCAAUUCGCUUUUUGGAAUUGUGUCUCUGAUGUCUCUAUCUAUACUGUCAUACGAGCGUUAUGCCACCCUGCUGCGCCCCACCAAGGCAGACGUGUCUGACUUCCGCAGGGCCUGGCUUUGUGUGGCCGGAUCCUGGCUCUAUUCGCUGGUAUGGACUCUCCCACCAUUCCUGGGCUGGAGUAGCUAUGGACCUGAAGGACCCGGGACUACAUGCUCAGUGCAGUGGCACCUGCGCUCAACCAACAGCAUGUCAUACGUGAUGUGCUUGUUCAUCUUCUGUCUGGUUUUACCCCUGAUGCUCAUGAUCUUCUGCUAUGGCAAAAUCCUGUUCAUUAUCAAAGGGGUAACAAAAAUCAACCUGCUGACCGCACAGAGGAGAGAGAACCACAUUCUUCUAAUGGUUGUCACCAUGGUAUCCUGCUAUCUGCUGUGCUGGAUGCCUUAUGGGGUGGUAGCUCUGCUAGCUGCGUUUGGCAGGAGGGGACUGAUCACUCCUGUAACCAGUGUGGUGCCCUCAGUCCUGGCCAAGAGCAGCACUGUGGUCAACCCCGUAAUCUAUGUGCUUUUCAACAACCAGUUCUACAGGUGUUUCUUAGCAUUUCUGAAGUGUCAAAGUGAACCAUCUAUUCAUGGUCAGAACCCUCAGCACAGCAGCAAAGAAGAUCCCCAUGCUCUCAGGCCCUGUGAUGGGCCCUCAUUGCAUGGCAACAUCAAGGGCCUCCAGAAUAAAGAGCAGCACACUCUGUCCUUAGUGGUUCACUACACACCCUGACACUCUCAAAGACUUCUCAUGCUCUGUACAGCUCAGCGUUUAUAGUGUGCCGGGAUGGAAA